AUGGCGUUUGAGCACCUUCAUCAACGCCGUAUUCUUUACCGUGACCUCAAGCCAGAGAACGUAUUGCUAGACACCAAUGGGUACGCGAAGGUCACGGAUUUUGGGCUGGCGAAGUUCGUGGUCGGGCACACGUACACCACGUGUGGCACCCCCGAUUAUUUCGCGCCCGAGAUGAUUAUGGGCAGUGGUCACACGCUUGCAGUGGAUUGGUGGACCCUUGGGGUCAUGACAUACGAGCUUAUCGUUUCUGACGCACCCUUCAGCGCUCAUGAGCACAUGGCGAUUUUCAAGAAGGUUAAGCGUGGCAUCGAGAGCGCGAAAUUUCCCAACAGGAGUGCCUCUUGGGCAAAGCUCGUCAUGGAGCUCUGCAAGCAGGAGCCUGGUCAGAGGCUCCCGAUGCGCAGAGGGGGCGUGAUGAAUAUCAAGCAGAGUUCGUGGUACUCGAGGGUGCAGUUCGAUUGGAGCAGUCUGGCAGCGCGCACGAUGGUUCCACCGUACAUUCCCCAGGUGAAGUCCAAGUCCGACGCGUCAAACUUCGAGCCUUGCUCAGAGAGCGACGGACCUCCACAUAUUCCAUACGUCGAUCCUGGCACGGGCUGGGACGAGGGAUUCGGAGACCCACACGGGCCAGCAUUCGACUGA